AUGUUCAAGUCUGACACGACGAAGACCAUGCGCUCUCUUCCCGAUAGUGCUUCUGAUUCUACCUCCUGGCUCCACACCGAAGACAUGGUUGCACUGGCUGGCAUUGAACGCACCCAGCGCCGGUCCAUCAUGUCUGCCAAAUGCAGCCACUUGGUCGGCCGCCUCAGCUCCAAGCUGCAGAGGAUGUCGUCCACCUCGACAAAGGCGAUCAAGCACGCGUCCCAAAAGAUGCGCAGCGUCUUGAACAAGUCGGCACGGAACGGCUCGACUACUGACGCCCGCUCCCAUGACGACUCUCUUCCCUAUCACCACGACACCCGCCACGAGACAGACGAGCUUACUCAACAGGAGAUUGACAUACUUUUCGAUUCGUUCAGCUCGGUAACCGACUCUGGCAUCGAUAUGAGUGCCUGCGGUCUGCUUCCAGCACAUGACGCGGACUACACGCCCUCGCCAUACGUCGACACGGACACGUCCAUGGAGGUCUGCGAAUGGGCUUCAUCGCCAGACAUUGCUGUACAUAUCUACGCCGUUCGCUCCGCUGCCGCCGCUGAUGACGGCGCCGACACCAACGACGACAUCAGACAGUCCGAAGGUGUGCUCCGGCGGGCUUCUUGCCUGAACCGGGCGGAUGACCGCCUCUACCAUGUCCCCGGCCGGCUGAAUAUCAGCCUACCCAAAGGAGCAACCGGCAGCAUGCACCUACCUUCGCGAUACCCUCGCGGCGCCAAGGGGUUGAAGAGGCCGGAUGACUAUGACUUUCCCAGCUGGCACCCUGGCCCGGAUGGCUACAUGGUGCCCACUCAGCGCCUUCCUCGAGGCGUCUUCUUGCCCAAGCCAUCGCGGCUAUGUGAGGUCGAGACGGCUGAGGACACUGACUUUGGGGAGGAAGGCAUGCCGGUCCGACUGCUCAGUCAGAACGUCAGUCAGCGCAGUCUCCGCCGCACCAAGGCCAUGGUCUCUCGCCAGCAUCCAGCCAUCAACCAGGACCAGGCGUCGGACAAUGCCGCCGAUGACAGUUUGCUGUGCUCCGACUUUGACGGUAACUGGGUCACCUACGGCAAUGAUUCGGACGAGAAGACAACUCGAGAGCUGGACGUCAUGCUGGAAGAAGAUUCGAUUGAGGAGCACACGAGCGCUGAAUGUUUUUCAGAGGUCAGCAAACAGGCCCGGCUCGGCUUCACUCAGCGCGUCAAAGCAGAGUCGAUCAAGCUUCUACGCCCCUUCUCCUCUUUGUUUGCCAUUGUGGCCAGCGAGGACAUUGGCAGUGAAGAAGAUGACGCCGUCUUGGAGCAAGACGAGUCCUACUCUGGUUCGAGUACUCGCACUCGAUCAACCAACGCGCUGGCCACGGUCCAAGUCCAGGCAUUCAACGGAGAAGACUACAGCGAGUGCGAUGCCAGCAACUUCUCAAUCUUCGCGCAGGGACCGGAGGAGGACGCAACCGAAUUCUCCGAGCAAUCCACCAUGAUCCAUCACGAGGCGCAGUUUGGCGUCUCGGAGGGAGGUAGGGUGAAGCUCAGUGUCAAGUCGCAGGAGCAGCUGGCCGACAUGGUGUCCUCCAUCGAAGACGAGUUUGACCAUGACGACAAUGAGCUCGUACUUCCUUGCUCACUGCCCGCACUUCCGAUUGGCGUGCAGUACGCCGAAGAGCGCACGUCCAUCAUCUCGAGGGGGCCUCACCUCAUCAUCCCUGAGAGGCGCACCCGCAUCGCCAUGGCCACUGGUGGCUUGGGUGACGACGAGGGAGUAGAGAAGACGAAGGAUUUCGGGUUGUUUACUUCCAAGUGCUAUCUUUAG